AUACCCGAGCAUGGCUGUUGUGUGCCUGAUAAGACAUAUUAUUGGUUAUGUCAGUUUAAUUUGUUUAUUAUUGACAAAAUUUAAUAUUAAUCUUUAUUUUAAAAAUUCUAAAAAUUAUGGAGCAGUAGGAUCUAAAUAAAUAGUGAAUUAUUUGUUUCCGAUCGUGAUUUAAGAAGUAAUUAAUUAUCACACACUUUUAUUUGACCGGUGCAACAUAACCUUUACAAAAUUUGUUCAGUUUAGUUUAUUAGAUUAUAAACCUAAAUCAAAUGGACAAUAUGAUUAGUCAGGUUUUGUUUACAUUCCAAAAAUUUAUUCAGCAGCUGCCUAUCAAGAAUUUAUCAUUUGAUAGAUCUCAUAAAAUAGUUAUAAUUUCACUUGGGAGUGUAGCUGCUUUGGGUAUUUUAGCCAGAUACUUUCGAAGGAGGCGGUACAUUCCAGUGUUGAAGAAAGGCUCCUUGAAGGGGAAUGUGCGACCAAGAGUAACUACUAGCGAAGAUGGAGUUAGCCAAGUGAGCUCGCGGCGCAGUGGAUCACCAAGCAUACGCAGUCUGCACCGCCAGGGAUCACUGCUAUCUGACCGACUGUCCGGUGCAUCUGGUUCUCUGCCCGGCGUAGCACCAGGAGACGCUGCUCUACUCUCUCCCCAGCAGCUUGGAGUCAUGGGUAAGUAGCAGUUUAUGUGGCUUAUAG